AUGGCUACCAAUGAAAAUACCCCCCUACUAGAAAACGUGCCAACGAAGGCAAAGACACCUCUGCCCAAAACACAGCUGGGCCUUGUCUUGUUCGUCCUUUUCACUGAGCCCAUGUCAGCGCAAUUCAUUUUCCCAUUCAUAAAUCAGCUAAUAAGGGAACUAGGUAUCACGGGCGGAGACGAUCGCAAGAUAGGAUACUAUGCUGGUAUCAUUGAAUCCCUGUUUUUUGUCACCCAAGCACUGACGGUCUUGGGUUGGAGUCGCUUAUCUGACUACGUCGGCCGCAAGCCUGUAUUACUUGUUGGUCUCAUGGGUCUGAGCAUAUCCAAUUUGUGUUUUGGGUUAUCUAGAACGUUCUGGGCGCUCGUCGCAAGUCGAUGUAUUGCCGGGGCCUUAAACGGUAAUAUCGGGGUGAUGAAAAGUAUCAUAGGGGAAAUAACAGACAACACCAAUAUGGCCCAGGCGUUUGCACUUAUCCCUAUUAUUUUCUCUGUUGGUGCUUCAAUCGCUCCCCUUUUUGGUGGCGGCUUGGCAAAGCCCCAUGACUAUUGGCCCGAGCUCUUCUCAGGGCCGUUCUGGAUGCAAUACCCGUACUCCCUUCCUUGUAUCGUAUCCGCGUCGUUCGCUGGGUUGUCAUUCUUCAUAACUGCGCUGUUUUUAAGGGAGGUGAGCCAGCGACGCAUACCCAUAAUGCAGUCACUGCCCUCGAAGCGACAUGGGAAAGAACCACAGCCAGAGAUUGCUCAGGUGGGCACCCCGGGUGACAAAGAAGCUUCCCCAGUACCGAUCCGUACCUUGCUCAAAACUUAUUCGGUGAUGAUACCUAUCGCAAAUUAUAGUAUACUGGCGCUCGUCGACAUUGGUUUUUUCGCUCUUGUACCCUUGUUUUAUGCAACCCCUGUCGAAAUUGGGGGAUUGGGACUCUCACCAUUCGCCAUUGGCAUGUGCAUGACGGCAUUUGGUAUUGGCAAUGGCCUAUUUCAAAUGCUGAUCACGGCUCGGGCAAUAGAUCGGUUUGGUGAAAGGAGGGUGUUUUGUUCUGCCGUGCUGGUAUUUUUCCCUCUCAUCGCUAUGUUCCCGAUUAUGAACUGGGUUAUCCAAGUUCAAAAGAAAGUUGGUCCAGCCAUCUGGGUACUCAUCUUUGCUCAGCUGUUCUUGUGGGCAGUGGUUGAUAUGUCCUUUGCUGUUAUCUUCGUGUUUGUCACGAGGGCUUCACCGAACAAGAACUCGCUCGGUACAAUGAAUGGUCUCAGCCAAACUACGACAUCGAUUGCAAGGGCAAUGGGGCCAGCAACGUUCACAUCACUGUUUGCGUUCUCAAAAGAAUACAACUUACUCGGAGGAAAUCUGGUAUAUGUUGUGCUCCUGAUCGUUUUAUGUUUGUUAGUCUUCUUGUCGAGGCGUCUUCCGGAGUUGGAGAAAGACGAACAGUAA